CCACUUGGGUUUUGUUCAAUUUGUUCAAUCUGUUCUGGUGUGAGUGGCUUAGCCACUAGCUACGUUAGCUUAGCUUUGAGAGUGACGGUAUGAAGCAUUUUCCAAAGUUAUGUGCAGAGAAAUUAAACUUUAAAAAUGACUCAGGCCCGUAUAGUUUUCUCUAAGUUUUUAACCUAGACAUGCAAACACAUACCCGCAUUCAAAUAAACCCUGGCGCGGUGGCCUAUUUUAGCUCACUUUGUUAGCAAUGGAAUUGAAAGUUCUUUGUGCAGCUUACAUGGCUGUAAUACGAUUUCUAUUGCAGUUCGCCGAAGAGCCCCCAUCAUCCGGACACCGUGUAGACAUGGUAGAGCCAUCAGCACGCGACUUUGCAUCCCUAGAAGAGGAGCUGAGCUUUUGGAAGGAGCAGGCACACAGACAACAACAGAGGGCAGACGAGUCUCAGGAGGAGCUGCAGGAGUUUCAACAGAUGAGCAGAGACUACGAAGCAGAACUGGAGACGGAGCUGAAGCAGUGUGAGGGUCGAAACAAAGAAUUGCUUUUAGACAACAACCGACUUCGCAGGGAACUAGAAAACAUGAAGGAGAAAUUUGAGACGCAGCACUCAGAGGCUCUGAGGCACAUCUCAACUUUGGAGGAAGAUCUGGCAGAAACCAGUGCCAUCAGAGAUCACCUGCAGAAAUACAUCAGAGAGCUGGAACAGUCCAACGAUGAUCUGGAGAGGACCAAAAGGGCGACCAUCAUGUCCCUUGAGGACUUUGAGCAGCGCAUGAACCAAGUCAUUGAAAGAAAUGCUUUCCUUGAGAGCGAGCUGGACGAGAAGGAAAAUCUCCUGGAGUCUGUGCAGAGACUCAAGGAUGAAGCGAGAGACCUUCGUCAGGAGCUAGCCGUACGUCAGAAGGAAAGACGUCCAUCCAGCAGCCUCGGCAAAGACGGCGAUCGACCUGAUCUGUCAUGUCCAUCCUUCCCAGUGACGCCUUCUAAACCUCUCAACUCAUAUGCCACACCUCCGGCUUCUGCUAUACGACGAGGUGACGGACUAACAGGGACUCCUCUCACCACAUCUGCCAGAAUAUCUGCACUUAACAUCGUUGGGGAGCUGCUAAGAAAAGUUGGAAACUUGGAGUCCAAAUUAGCUUCCUGUCGAGACUUUGUCUAUGACACGUCUGUAAACAGAGCAGCACUCCAAGCUGCCCCGGGGUUUCCUGCUGGUUUGGAAGGUAGCCCUGCCGUCCCGGCUGCCAGUCUGAGCUCCCCUCCACAGUAUGAUAGUUUAGUGAAGAGGUUGGAGUUUGGACCUGCUCCUCCGAGAGGAUCUUCACAAGGGGCACAGUCUCCACAGGGAGGAGUUAAAAUCCUGUUGUGAGACGAGCAAAAGAUGAGCUGUCCUCUUUCACCGAUCUCAAUAACUCCUCCUUUCCCCCUUUCUCCAUGAUAAACUACAGCAAUGGGACUUUUCCAGUGAGCUACGUCUGUCAUUGACCCAACUGACCCGCUCCAACAAGCAAACCACUGUGUUCACUUCUUGAUCAACGCACAGACUCCAGCUGCCUGGGGCUAGAAUCAUAGCAUAUCUGUCACAUAAAGCAGCACUACAGCUUGUGUAACACCAAGACAGGAAGUGACUGCUGUAAAACACUGACAACUGCUUCUGAUAUGUCGUACCUUAAAAGAAGAAGAACCCUCUCUGAUAAACCAGAUAAAACACCUUCAGGAUUUGAGGACAAUUUUCUUCCCAGAAUAUAUACGGAGUGCAGCUCCUGCACUUGCUCUUUCUUUUUCAGUUAGCUGAAGAAUAGAAUGAAAAGUAGAACAGGUUAUUUUUACCAUGCAAAAACCAAUCCUGUAGCAGAGACCAAGAGACUAGUGUUAGGAGAUGAUCAUGUCUGUGACCAAGUGUAACCUCAGGCUAAUGUUACUGUCUGUGUAUAUAUAUAUAUAUAUUGAUAUACAGUAUGUGUUUAUGUAGAGUUAAUGCAAACAAAUGGAUUUGUACUAUAUUUUAUUUCCAGAAUCAAUAAGUGAUAUUGAUAAAAGAACUGGUAGAUUCUUAUUCAUUCCCAUCCCUGGCUGGGAGACAGACGUAGAAGCACUUAGAUUGUGCAUUAGGUCAUUACAAAAGUUAUUGUAAGGCUAUGAUGGAAAAAGAAAUGGUGAUGAGGCAACACUUGGUGACAUCAAGUUCUUACUGUGACUCCCAGGGUUCAUGGUCGCCUCUGGAACAGAGAAGGGUUUACAUUAUCCAGUUUGGUGAAACCAAAUGUGUGAGUUUUAAUAAUCUCAGAAGGGACAUUUACUAAGACUAGUCUUCAGAGACUCACAGAAAACCUGACACCUGUGAAUGGACUCUUCGUCCUACUUGACGUCACUCUUGAGUUGAGUUGACCUCAGACUCUGACUCAGAUAUCUGACAUGCUCACCAGUGUCUGAUGAUUCUCAUCACUCUGUCCAAACAUUUCUCACAGUGGACAGAACUGCACUGGAGCAUAACUAAUGGACGGUGGGACUGGGAGAACAUUAGCUUCAUCUCAUGGACAUUUACCGUAGUGACUAAAUACUACUCAUAAAGCACCGUGCUUGACAGUCGAGCUAUGACCUUUGACCUUUCUCAUACCAACACACCAUUUGUGACCGUCAUCUUAAACCCCUGUGUAACUGAGUGUCUGCCUUCAACAACUGAGGAACUGAACCCAAUGUUUCUGUUGGUCUGCUGCUGAUUUUUUUUUUCUACUAAUCUUUACCAAUGUGUGAAAUGUUGCUGAAAUUCAAACUUUCAAACACAACAUUAAACAUUAAAAAGAUGAAACCAAAGGUUUUUUUUAUUGUCUUUAUUUAUUGUGCAGGUGGUUCAAAAAUGAAUAGAAGUGAAUGGUGUCCUGUAAACUUCAGUAGAAUACAGGCAGGGGCUGUACGUAACCGGGGACAUUUGAACAUGUAAAGAAAUGGGUGCCUCAAAGUUUCAAUUCAACAGUUUAUAGUUGAAGAAA